UCGUUCACCAGAAAAAUGGAGCGACGACAACCAGAAAACUUAAACCAUCUUGCAAUUACUAACAGCUGCCAGCGAAAACAAACCGCAAUGGAGGGAACAUACAGAGAACCCUCUCUCUUCUCGCAAACUGUAACGGAACCUAACUCCAAUUUCAUGAUGCAGCAGCAAAAGCUAGAAGAAGAAACUCAGAAAUUGGUCGCCUUGAAGAAGGCUUAUGCAGAUGUGAUUCUUAACACUGGAAAAGAGGCCGCAGUCAGGGUAAUGGCUUCAGAAUGGAGGAUCCAUGGAUUUCGCCAUGAACUCGAAUGGACCAAAGAAGAGGGGCUUCGAAUGAUGCUUAGAUUGAAGCAUAUGCUUGAUGCAAAGACAGCUGAAGCAGAGAGAGCGUCAAUUAACCAGCAAAGAAAAAUUGAAGAGCUUGAAGCACAAUUGAAUGAGGCAGAGGAUGUUAUAACGGAUCUUAGGAUAGAGUUAAAACAAGUAUACAACGAGUUAGAGAAGACAAAGAUUAGUCAGAUCCAAUCUUUUGAUGAGCAAAACAUAAAUCGCGCUCCAUCUGUUGAAGAGGAUGCACAACCCGAGACUUCAGUAUCCUCUCCUAAUCAAGAUCAAGAUCAUAUCACAAAUUGCAACGUAAAGACCAUAUCCCCGACUUUGAAGCCUGUGGAUGAUAACUGCAAUAAUUUGCCAAAACAAUCAGAACAAUUGUGCAUCCCUAACUUAGAAGAUUUCUAUGCUCGUAAACCUGAUUUUGCUUCCAUCAUCAUGAGAAGCAAGAAAUCUGAACUUUGCAAAAAUGGAUGUACUCAGAGGGUCUGUGCACUGGAAGGAAACAUGCUGGAUGAGAAGCUUCUCUCUAGAGAGGAGCACAAUCAACAUAUUUGUCUAAAGAAAAGACUUAGUGCCCCAUGUACCGGAGCAAAGAAAAUGGAGAUGAAGAAACAUGUCAAAUUCCAUAAAAGUCGAACAAGGAAGAGAUUUUCAUAUUGUAGAUCAUGCUUUCAUUCAUCUUGUAGAAUACAUCUUGGUGAAAAAUGUAAAUCCAGCAAAGGUGCAUGCUCUCUACCUUCUAUCAAGCUUUGUGCCAUUUGCAAAUUGAAAAGAAAUAAAAGAUGUGGACAUGUAAGAAUCAGAUCUUCUGCUUCUGCACAUUGUAAACCAUCACUUGUUCUUAAGCAGCCUAGCUACGAUGAAUAUGUUGCGAGGAUGAUGCCUACUCCCCCCUUGACAAAUGUAGGACCUGUGCAUGAAUCUGCUUCUGUUAAAGAAAAUUUACAGGCAGUUAAUAAAUAUGAACUGUUAGAGAAGGCCAUUGAGAAGGAUAACGAUUUAGAAGGGAGCACUUCAAAGAAUUUAGCAGGUCUGAGUAAUACGGCGAAAGUUGAGAUUGUUGAUAUUCCAUCUUUGAGUAUUAAUUUGGCAAAUCCAAAAGCAUUUGAAGAAAAUGGUGGAUCCCCUGGGAGGCUUCUGAAGUAUACUUUCCAAAGGAAAAGAAAAAAGGAAUCUUUGGGAACUGCAGAUGCACAGACUGGUUCCGAGAAAAGCACAGUGAAGCAGAGGAUUGAGAAGAAAAUCUGAUAAACCUUCUAGAGAGAUAUUCGAUCCCUCGCUGAGGUUGCUCAUCAGCUUUUAUAUCUUUGUCUGCAAAAAGGUGCUGAUAUCAAUAAUUCAAUUUGUGAUCUCAAGGCAUGAGGAAUGAGGAUUCAACUAUUUUCUGCAACUGAAGCAAAUCAAAACUCAAAGGCGCUUCUUAGUCUCCAUUCGAAAUUUCAAGUUCCUUGCAUCUUUGCUUCCUC